AACAUAAAUGUUACCAUGGUGACGAUCCGGAAACGGAAACAUUUUGGAUUUUGAUUUGUUUGGGUUUUUAAGAAAAUAAUUUGUUUUUUUUGCUGAAUUGUUAUUGUAAUUGUUGAUAAGGUGUUCUAAUUAAUUUAAUUUAAUUUAAUUUAGUCAAGAUGCAGAUCUUUGUUAAAAAUUUGGAAGGUAAAAGUAUUGCCUUUGAUGUUUCCGAGGAGACUGAUGUUUCAGAAUUACUUUUCGCUAUUCAAGAGCGAGAAAAUAUUCCUUAUGAAGAUGCUCGUCUUAUCUUUGGUGGACAAUUAGAAGGUGUUUCACUUGAAGAAUAUGGUAUUGUCGAUGGAUCAACUUUAACCUUGACCCUUCGAUUGAGAGGAGGUACCAUUGAACCUUCUCUUCUUCAAUUAGCUAAAAAAUAUAACAUUGAUAAAAUGGUUUGUCGUAAAUGUUAUGCUCGUCUUCAUGCUAAAGCCACUAAUUGUAGAAAACGAAAGUGUGGACACUCCAACAAUUUGAGACCCAAGAAGAAGCCAAAACAAAAUUAGAACUGUGGACAAACCUCAAAGUCAUGGUACACUUAUUGUUUAAAAGUGAUUAAAUCAAAGAUAUUGUCUCUUAAAAAAAACCAA